CUUUUUACAUUUCAAACCUCGAGGGCUCUACGAUUCAUUCCUCCUAUGUGCAGCAUAUGCAACACAUACAAUACUGUCGCGCGUAGGUUUAGGCCCUCCUUUGCUUGGAAUUAAAAACCAACGUGCUGUUGUUAAUUAACCGAUGGCGAACGUGUGAUAUGGCAAGCGCCGAACUACCAGAGUCCGAAGAGAGACCGGUUGAACGCAAUGCUCUGAAAUCUAUCAAGAAACGUGGAUAUGGUGUAGCGUAUGGGGGUGAUGGUUGCUUGCAUGCCUGCAAGCCCGAUCAAUCCGAAGCGAGAGGGUUGUGGUUGGAAAGGAUGGAUCUGCUCGUCCUACCGGUUUGUGUUGCGAUUACGAAAUGCGAUGUCCGCAACGCUCUUGUUGCUUCGAAUGUGUAGUAGGUCCGACAAGAGCAUUGAAGGGGGCGGCAACAGUAGUGGCAACAGUGGAAGCGACACUGAUAGGAGCUGGGCCAAGUUAAGUAGCUGGAAUAGUCUCCAACAACGGGCCGUUGCUCAAGCUAAUCGUGGCCAUGAUCUCCAUCAUCCUACUCGUCUUCUCCGAGGCAAUGACUGUCAGUCCAAUUUGAGUGACUCGAGUGUUGAGAUCUCGGUUGAUGGUGCCGAGGUCAAGGAAUGCGGUCAAGCCAUGACCCUAGCGUGUCUCAUUCAUAUGUCGUCCUUCAUUCUGCUCCUCAACACCCGUGGAGCGCUUUCCAAUGUCUCGAAUGGGCGUGUGUUUUCGAGUGAGUUCUUCCCUGGACGCACCUAUUUGGAACCAUCGUGGAGGAGACUGGUGAUGUUCCAUGGUCCAUGUGAUGAGUGUGAUUUGGUUGGCCAGAGACAAAAUGUUCAAGCCUUCUUGGAACGAGUGAAUACCACCUAUAUUAUCAUUGACAAGUCACGCAUGCAAAGACUCAUUGGGUUAUGCAACCGUAUUUCCGCUGAUCUCAAUAACGAGGCUCAAAACUUCGUGCCACAAGGAGCCUUGGACCCUUUUCAGCAAGACCGAAGAGAAGACAGAUUUGGAGGCGAGGAGAGCAACUUCAUAUCCAACCCGCCAUCAUCCCCAUCCCUCAAGGGUCCCAAGCAACAGAGCAAAAGCAUUUGGAGCUUGGAUCUCCUAAAGAACAUUCUCAUCUUGCCCGGUACAAAAUGGUGUGGCGCAGGUGACAUAGCAGACCACUACAACGAUUUGGGCUAUUACGGAGAUGUGGAUAAAUGCUGCAGGAGCCACGAUCUCUGUCUGACUAUCCUGGGUGAAUAUCUUGCUCCUGGCCAAUGCCGCAAUGGGCUUUGCAAUUUUUCUCCUGUAACCCGAUCUCCAUGCCGCUGUGACCGCGAAUUCGUGUCCUGCCUUCGUUCCGUUAAAACGCGUCUCUCCAACGCUCUAGGUCGAGUGUUCUUCAACAUUGCCGGCAUGACUUGUUACAAGUACGAGCAUCCAGUCAAGCGAUGCGCCGAGUAUGUGGAUCCACCCAAGAACAACCUACCCCCGUGGAUCCUCAGUGCCACCAAGAUCCGGCAACAUCCCAAGCAGCCUCGGUGCAAGGAGUACGAAUUGGACACCUCCAAACCUAAGGCUUGGCAAUUCUUCGACACGUUUUUCGAGGAGACCAAUCAUCGCAGUACGGAACGGCGACGGCGUCGACCUGAUUCGCCCUUUGAGAUGUUCCAGCAUCUCUUCUUGAACCUUUUCUACCGCAUUGUGGAUCCAAUCUGAGAGGCAACAUCAUACCUUUGAGGAUUGACACUAUCAUCGCACAUGAAAAUACCUCCUGACGUACAAAUCGUAGUUUCCACUAUUCCUCUUGCUCAAGUGCCAUUCCAUUGAACUGCUUGUAAUUUUUAGACCCUUCCCUUUUUUUCUUGUGCCCGCAUUUGGCCCCCGAUUUACCUUAGACAAAGUCAGGCGUGGUCAGAAUGAAAGAGGACGACAAUGACGACGGCGACUCCCAUUCUAGAAUCUAGUCCAAAUGCAAUGACUUUGAUAAUGGUCUCGUAGUUAUGUUUGCGUAUUACCAUUUACCAUUAUUCUGUUUGU